UUAAUUUGGGGGCGAUCUCUCUUUGGGCGCGUCGCCUCUAAAGAGUCAAGCCUCCACUGAACUAAACUAUGUCUCCCCUUCCCUUCCAUAAGCGAGUCUCUCCCUUGAGUUAGACUUUUGCAUUUCACCAAGUCUUCGAUCAGAUACUCCCUGGUCAAAAGAUACUCAACUUGUUAGGAAGCCUUUAUUACUAAUCUUGCUUCCGAUAACGGGUUCGACUUCUCAUAUUUUCAUGAAUUACCAAUCACAUACCCUAACCCUUACUUAUUGCCUUCCCUCUUCCUUAGUCCCUUAUUUGGAUAUUUGGAAUGACUUUCCCUAAUGACUUUCCUCAAACCCUUUACUGCUCUUUCAAGGGCCGAUACUACUUGGCGGAACUACUACCAUGCCUCUAAAGAGUCUGACAUUGGACAAGACCCCGCGUAAGUCAUUAAUGCCACCCCUAGAAUCAGAUAAGUAAGGACUGCUGCUAGCGACAGGAAGUGAUUCACUUGCGCGUCAGGGACAUGCCACUGGCCCAAUUGACAAGGCAUAGGAAGCGAGUCCAGGGGGCCAAGCUACUGCUACAAAUUACAACAUAUCAUAAGGGAGAUUCUCAUAAUAAUAAUAAAAGGAAUAGAAGUAAGGAAAGUCAGAAUAAGAGUUAGGCGUGGCUGGUUUGAAGUUAGUAGUGAGAGGCUGUUUGCCGAUAGCUCUAUUCUUAUUAGUAACGGAAUCAGACUUGACUCCCCGGGUAGUUAACCUCAUAGUAAUGUAAGAAAGUCUAUCUAUAAGUAACUACAAAAUCCAAGUAUGGAUUGGCAGAAUUAGGACAGUAGAUUCAUAUAAGCACUUGUUUCAUCCCGAGAAAAGCACUAGAGAUCAAUUCCGACUUAGUGCCCCAAACAUACUUCUUUAGACUUAUGCCUUCAAUGCCUAUGUGCGAGUCCCGUGCGCCCUAUAUGAAGAUAUAGUUUCUAUUAAGAUAUAGUUUCUAACAAGGCUCUUAGCACCUUAUUUCGAAUUGAAUUCUCUAUCUCUACCCUAGCCAUCGGUAUUAUAGUUCAAGAUUGGCACACUGUAUUAUGUAUUUGGAUCUUUUAUUAUGUAUUUGUGUAUACGCGGAUAAAGAGGGAGGGUUGGGCAAGCUUAUAGACGAGGCCGGGCAAGCUCAUGGACUAAAAGAAAUACCAGUGCUUUUUGUUAGAUCCUAUGUUCGUUCCUUCUGUGCUCUAGUAGUAGCUCUCAUCCUUAUGGAUUUGCAUUCUGAAAUGACUUAUUACAUCUUUUGAACCAUAGCAGUUGGAUUACAUCUUUUGAACCAGAGCUAUUAGACUAAUAGAUAGAACGCAUAGUAGCGGUAAGUGUCAUGAAGAGUUCAGUUCGGCUACUCACUAUAAGAAUCAAUACAAGUAACUAUGAGUAAUAAUACAAUAAUCCAGAAUUGAGCAGGGAAUAAAGAAGUAAGGGCUUCGUCUUAUAGUUUCCUCAGUGCCAGUGCUUUUCUGACCUUUAAACCAAUUCUGCUAUUCAUUAUUAUAUUACAAUUACCAUCAUUCUAUAUUACUAUUACUGGGCUUUGGAACCCGUUAUUCUCUUACAACGCUUUGGACACACCGAUCCUAUUACUUUGCUUUGAAACCAAUGAUGCAAUUACUUAGCUUCGGAACCCAUUAUUAUAUAACAAUUCAUUAUAUUACAAUUAUUCUAUUACUUUGCUUUGGAAACUAUUAUUCAAUUCUCAUAGUAUAAUUAUUCUAUCUACAUACCCAAGGGAGAAACAGCGGACAACGGAACGGGGAUCAUUCACCCAUGCUACGAAGGUAAGAUAAGAGGAAACAAUUGACAUAACACCGGCACGGCACAGUAAUAAAAGCAGAAUGAUGUUUACUUGACACCGGCAUAACAGAUCCAUCGUUCAAUAGAAAACAACCAACGCUUUAUUGAUACAAAAACGGAAUGAAAGACUACGUACUGUAGCAGCUGGUUAAUCAAAUCUACUUGCUUUCCAUAACGGGAUGAAUGAGCGAGCGUACUUCGUCUUUCGAGCUCCUGCUUCUUUUGAUGAAACCUACCCUUACCUAACACACUCCGUCUUUGAUGACCUCUUUCUCUUUCUUAGACUAGCUACCUAGGCUUUUACGGUGGAAGCCUAUUCCAAGAGGGUCUUGUCUUACUUGCUAACAAAUUCAGAAUGCCCAAAUAGUGCCUUAGCCCUUUAUGCGCUUAAAGCAAAUUCAGAAGGUGCGAGUCAAAUGAUUGAGUACGGCCUUGCCUUAGACGGGAGACAGGAAAGCUUACUUCACUUCCGUAAGCGUUGUAAGAGGGCAACAAGAGGGGCGUCGGGGGUCAAAGACAAGGCAACUGGGAUCAACUAUGGCGCAACAGCUACAUAUAGGGAAUCAAUAGAUUCAGAAGCGGUGUCUCGACCUGACCAGAAAGAUCUAAAUAAAUGAGUUCGGGAAAUCCAUGUAUAGUACUGUUGUCGAUCGGGAAAUCCAAAAGUGUUAUAGUACCCGUUGUCGAUCAGCCGGCUGUCUUACCUCAGGAGUCGACGUAGGAUUACCUAUCACUACAAGGAAUUGCACUAUUCACAGGCGAAUCAUAGCAACAAUUUCCUCAAAUCCAUUCUUAGAGUUUUCAAUCUAUACCUAUGUAUAGGUUCUUUCUCUUUCUUUCUAUCUGGAGGUUACGAAACCGGAAGUUUAGAAGCACAGAAUCAAGAAGGCAGUUAGCAAGCCAUAGGCGAGCGAGGAAGAUAACCCGGGUCAACAACCCUUAGAAUCUCCUCAUCACGUUGAGUCUUUCAGGUUACAAGCAAGACAAAGAUAAUCAAGAUCAUAAUCAAUCCAUCUUUAUAGAUACUUUCUUUCACUUCUUCGAUAAAAAGAAGCUGGUGUGGUAGUAUUAGGAUUGUAGCCAGCAAAGGGUCUGGCGAGGAAGUCAACAAUGGAGGACACAACUCCCUUAUCGAGAGAUACUGCGCUUAACGCUCUAACCGUUAUCUGGCCGUCAUCAGACGAGGACCAUCUAACCCCAAAUAAGCAUAAUGGUCUAUUCUAAGACAAUCUUGUCUAUUCAAAGCCCAUCUUAUUACCUCCUAACCGUUACGUGGGAAAAAGGUGCUUUUCUUUCCUUUAAGCUUAACGAGGACUCUCUUAUCUGUGACAUAGUGGAAGGCACGUGCAAGGAAACAAUGGACAUCCAAAAGCUCUGGCUGGCCUAUCCUCUUUUCUUUCUUUGAUCUCUCUUUUGAAAUAAGGCGCAAAGUACCAUUUCUUCCGUGCCAAGGAAUUUCAGAGGGAAUAUUGUAAGAGGAAGCUGAUGCCAAUGCGUCAGUGAGGAAAUGCAAACCAAUGAUCAAUUCAGAUCUAUUUCUUUUCCUACUUAAUUCGUGGGUCAAAUCCACUCUUAUCAAGAGUAAUAGAGAUUUCCUUCUUUGUUAGAGUCUAACAUUUCUAUAAAUUCCAUGAAAGAACCAUAUCCCUUCCUAUGAGUUUGGCCUGUCAGAUAGAAGGAAAAUUCCCAUUCUUUACAACUUUAGGGGGUGGGGGUUUGAAGGGUGGUUUACAUACAACCGGGGCAAAGUGGUUUAUGAUUGAAUCUCAAAGGCAUUCUUAUCAUUUGGUAGAUCCAAGUCCAUGGCCUAUUUCGGGUUCACUCGGAGCUUUGGCAACAACCGUAGGAGGUGUGAUGUACAUGCACUCAUUUCAAGGGGGAGCAACACUUCUCAGUUUGGGCCUAAUCUUUAUACUAUAUACAAUGUUAGUAUGGUGGCGCGAUGUUCUACGUGAAUCCACUUUAGAAGGACAUCAUACAAAAGCAGUACAAUUAGGACCUCGAUAUGGUUCUAUUCUGUUUAUAGUCUCGGAGGUUAUGUUCCUUUUUGCUUUUUUUUGGGCUUCUUCUCAUUCUUCUUUGGCACCCACGGUAGAGAUCGGAGGUAUUUGGCCCCCUAAAGGUAUUGGGGUUUUAGAUCCUUGGGAAAUACCUUUUCUUAAUACCCCUAUUCUCCCUUCAUCCGGAGCUGCCGUAACUUGGGCUCAUCAUGCUAUACUCGCUAAGAAGGAAAAACGAGCUGUGUUAGCUUUAGUAGCUACCGUUUCACUGGCUCUAGUAUCCACAGGCUUUCAAGGAAUGGAAUAUUACCAAGCACCCUCCAAUAUCUCUGAUAGUAUUUAUGGUUCUACCUUUUUCUUAGCAACUGGCUUUCAUGGUUUUCAUGUUAUUAUAGGUACUAUUUUCUUAAUCAUAUGUGGUAUUCGCCAAUAUCUUGGUCAUCUUACUAAGGAGCAUCACGUUGGCUUUGAAGCAGCAGCAUGGUACUGGCAUUUUGUAGACGUGGUUCGGUUAUUCCCAUUUGUCUCCAUCUAUUGGUGGGGAGGUAUAUGACAGAUAAGUAGAUUUCAGUAUUCUAGCUCGAAGACAAAGAGAACUGGG